AUGGCCAUUCUGCGCGAACGCCCGUCUCCAAUAGUCCGCAAGAGUCUUCGGCGGCGAAGACUUGCUUUACGUCUACUGGACAGCGACUCAGAGACGUCGCCGUCCAGAAAGUCACCCGCUCUGAGGAGCCCUCGACCCGUGGAGAGAGACGAGUACUUGGAGAUGUCUAAACCGCGUGAGGAACAGAAUUUCACAGACUACUACGAGGGUCUAGACGAGUUUGAGCCGCUGCCUGUGCUAGUGCGAGAAAGCAGAGCCGACGACGAGUAUGAGGACUAUAGGCUGAAAAGGAAGCGACAGGACCGGGAAAUAUUGACACGGCUGAAACGACCGUCUUUCAGGAAAAUGCCAGAUCUACAUACAGAGGAGCCUCCAAUUGCUCGAAAUAUGAUCCAGUUUGGCUACAAUAACAACAAGGCAGUGCAAAAACCGACCUUUUGGCGACCAACAGACCGAGGCGACGGUCUCAUCACCGACGGCCUUACCCUGGACCAAAAAGUGCGUUCUCUGUAUGAUAUGGACGAGCAGGACGCCACUUACCUUGAACAUGUUAAUGCGAGACUUGCCAAGGACAAUAAGCAUAUCUCUUUGGAGCUUUUUGAGGUGAUUAUGACCUAUUUCGAGAUGGAGUGGUGUUUCAUCGAGAAGCUGCUACCACCCAAAAUAAAAAACGAGCAUCAGAACGAAGAACAAGCUCAACUCCAUGCCCAGCUGUAUGGAUCUGACGACGGGAUAGGAGCUGCACCAGAGGAAGAUCAGUGCUGUGCUGUUUGCAAUAGGAACGAGUGCGACAACUCGAACGCUAUCGUGUUCUGCGACGGUUGCGACAUAGCUGUCCACCAGGAAUGUUAUGGCGUUGCAUUUAUUCCCGAGGGUCCGUGGCUGUGUCGGAAAUGUCUUAUUGCCCGAAACCAAAAGAACAGGUGUUUGUUUUGCCCUAGUGUCACAGGCGCGUUCAAGCAGACGGACAACGGGGGAUGGGGCCAUGUGAUCUGUACCCUGUGGAUCAAUGAGCUAUAUUUUGCCAACCCUGUCUACAUGGAGCCGAUCGAGGGAAUUGGCAAUAUUCCCAGGAGUCGCUGGAAGCUCACCUGUUAUAUUUGUCGUCAGAAAGUUGGAGCAUGUAUCCAGUGUUGCAAGCCCAGUUGUUCAGUUGCGUACCAUGUUACAUGUGCGCGACGCUCGGACUUCUAUAUGGAGAUGAAACAAGGUGUUCAAGCAGGUAUCCAUGACAAGAGCACCGUUGUGUCCUACUGCGAUAGACAUUCUCCAAAAGAGUGGGACUUCUAUCAUGACACAAAGCUUGGGAUGCAGAAAACCAAGCUUUAUUACAGCACGGGAAAGAACCGAGACUCAGGAAACAAGAUAGUAAUUAGCAAAGCCGAGAAAAAGGAACUGAAGGACACGAAAAACCACUGGUUUAGAUGGAAAACUGCGCGCGGGGCUCCUAUCCUUCCUCUUGUUGUGAUUAAGAAGCUGGACAAGAUGCUUCAGAGCUACAGAAUUCCCCAAGAUAUCAAUUAUUUAUAUGAGUUCGCAAAGUACUGGACUCUGAAGCGCGAAGCCACGGGAGGUUCCUUGAUCAGACGUCCGGACACGGCGAAUCUCGGUGUUCUCACGAACAAGGAAAUUGAUGAGCGUCUCCAGGCUCUAGACUUGAUCAAGCAGGACAUCCUCAAACUAGCAGAUAUAUCCUCUCUGUCCCUGAAAAAGGCAAAGCUCGAGCUCAAAUCCACUAAUGAACUGCUUGACCAGAUGGAGAUUUAUUACUUACCGAUGCAGUAUUUGAUCAAGGAGUUAUUGGACCAGUUCCUCAAACAUGACAGGAACAAUGCCAUAAUUUCCACAACAUUCGAGGAUUCCAAUGUGCCCUCUAUCAAGCAAAUAGUGGAAAAGGUCGAGAAUCAGGAGUACCAGCUAGUUAGCGAGCUUGUGGACGAUCUCACCGCAGUGGACAAUCAUGUCAUACAAAAUCUCGACCCACACAGUGCUGUAUACCGGCAUAUUCGGAAUUACUGGAGAAGACUCAGGUCACAAGCGAUAGACAGGGCCCUAACAUCCGAGCGCGCGUUGCUAAAGGGAAACAGAAAAUUGUUCACAGGUGUGAAGGCAGAAGGGCUUGAUUUCCAAAUCAAGGGGUGA